AUGGUAGAAAUGGAAAUCUGUGAACUGUCUUACAGAGAAUUAAAAAUAAUCAUCUUUAAAAAGCUCAGUGAGUUACCAGAGAACGAACCCAGGGCUGGGGUGAAAGGAGUGAGGCGUGCCACUUCUUGCUCCCACCUCCGCCACUCCGGCGUCCCUCGACCGCCCCCUUCGGUCUCGGGACUACAUUUCCCAGAGGUCCUUGAGCUCCACCCGGGCUCGAGCUCCUUAGCAGACACGGAGCGACUAGCGCGGCGAGGCGCGGUGCCUUCUGGGACAGUGCUGCUCAGGUGUCAAGGAGAAGCACUGAGCAAGCCCGCACGCUCCUGCCCAGCGGCCCAGGCAGAACCUAGGUCGGGAGGGAGCACCUGUGGUGUCACGAUGCUACCUCUCAGCACCAUCGAGGGCCAGGAAACGGAGGCGGUGCAGACCAAGCCGCCGGAGAAAGGAGCCCUGCCUUCUGAGGUUCCUGAUGAUCUGCUGAACAGUCCCUCCAAAACGGAGGGAACGAUGUCAGCCAAACUCCUGCCGAUCUGUCCCUUGCCAACUGUUUGCUUCGCCUAUUACUUGGAAGCGGAUGACUCUGACUCUGAUUCCCAGUUUCCUCCUGAACCUUCGAAACCUGGCUCGAACUGCACCUCCCCUUCCAAGCCUGGUGCAGAGUACGAGGAGAUCCAGGCAUGGGAAUGUCCCCUGUGCUGCCUCAGCAUCCUCUGCCUUUCCUAAUACCCGAGGUCCCUCUGCUUCCCGCUCUAGACCCCGUGCUCCCAAAACAUGCAUGCUGGGCUACUGUGAUGUAAAAUUCCAAAAUA